AUGACACUACAAGCAAAAAUGACACAGACACAGCAAAUAUGCAGUACUGGAAAAUAACAAUGAGACUACAGAGUCAAAAAGGACGUAUAUAAUUCAUUUUAGUCAUGUCAUGGAUAUCUGUAGGACUUCAUUCGCUCCAUUAUCGGACGUUAUUUAUUGUGCUAUCCUGUCCACUGCAAACAGAACAAUCCACGCACCGGCAUGAAUACUGUAUUCAAUUCAGAUUUCUUAUAGUAUCAGUAUAGUGUCUGUAUUGUUCUUAUAAUCUUAGUUUGUGUUCUUGUUUCCCAGGUCUUUCGUAGUUGCGCAAUCCCGUUUUUCAUCUCGACUCCGGACCUUGGAAACUCCACAGUGCGCAGACGUAGCGUCCUGUUGCUAAACGCUGUAUCCUGCAGAGCAGAGAGAGAUUGCAAACACUGGAGUCUCAAUACGGAUCCCCAAUUCUGAGUUAUGCAGACUAUCUUUGCAAGCUAAUACUGGCAUUGCAGAAGAAGAAACCGCACCUGAUAACAGCACUGAAACCAUGUCGCACAGCGCCUAUGGUAAGAUAUGGGUGGCGGCCCAGGGGGCACUUGAAGACCUGAUACAGAAGGAGAUUCCCGCAGAGCCCCCGCGACCCCAGAAGGACCAGCAGGUGGUCUUCCACACACUGGCCACCUUCUAUGUGAAGUACGUCCAGAUCCUCCGCAGCAUGGAGGCCGUGUACGACCAGAUUGUACACCCGCAGAAGCGGCGCGUGAUCUGGCACGUGCUGGAGGGCGUGAUGGGGCGCGUCCUGGAGCUGAAGAGUGAGAUGGUGGACCUGGAGUUCUCUGAGUUCCACUACUACGAUGAUAUCCUGCAGGACCUCAAGCUAACCCCAGAGGACAUAGAGAUCCCAAUUCCCCGGUACUUUGUGAGCGAGAAGAUCCGGGUGCUGAAGAACAGGGAAAGGAUUCUUGCCCAGAUCCUGACUCGAGCAGGACAGCAGGAGCUAGAGACGAAAGUGAAUGUGAAGCUGUUGUCCCUGGAGGAAGCGGUGCGGCUCAUCCAGGUUUCGGAGCGGGCUCGGCAGGGCCGCCUCAGGGCCAAGUUCAUGAAGGAGAUCCGGCUGGAGGAGGAGAAGGAGCAGCAGGCCAAGAUAAGAGGGGUCACCACCUUGGAUCCGGACGAGGCAGCCACUCGCAUCCAGAAGGUAUGGAGAGGCUACAGCCAGAGGAAGAGGACUAAGAAGGAGCGUCUGGAGGAGAUGAUAUUCCUAGGGAUGCUGCCCGCUCCGCAGCAGCAGCAGACCAGCGUGGCCCGGCUCCACGCCCAGCAGGUUGAGAGCGCCCGACACGUGGUGCAGGAGGAGCAUGAGGUGGAGUUCCAGCACGCCCUGGUCAGCAUCAAAGAUACUAUCCGCAGCCUGGAGGGGCCCGACAUCAAGGAAAGCCUGCAGGAGCAGAUCCGCCAGUGGUUCAUCGAGUGCCACGAUGCCACCGGCAAGUUUCCAGACUACCCUGAUGAAGAGGAUGGUGGUUCUGCUGCCAUAUUUGCUGAGAAGACACCUGAGCAGGUAGCGGCAGAGCUGGCAGCCAAAGAGGAGGAGAAGGAGAAGAAGAAAAGCAAAGGGAAGAAGGACAAGAAGUCUGGAAAGAAAGAGAAAAAGAAAGACAAGAAGGGCAAAGGGAAAGGGAAAAAGGGCAAAGGUGACAAGGAGGAGGAAGAGCAAGGAUGGAAAAUGGCACCCAGCAACUUCCUCCCUACAGUGGUAGAAGGAAGCAAGUCAUACAAAGAUGUGUGGCAGGGCAGAGAUGAGGGACACAACUUCUCCCAGCGCUUUGAUGGCGAGCUCAUAAAGGAGGAGAAGAGAAAAGAGGUGGAGGAGGAAAUCCGAGUCCAGGUGGAUGAGCUGAUGAGACAAGAGCUGAAGAAAAUGAAGACCCUGAAAAGAAACCUUGGAAAGAAGGGAAAUCACUUAAAAAGGGGAACUGGUCAACCAAGUUACAAAGAGAAGAAGAAAAAAGGCAAGAAGGGUGGUAAAAAGAAAAAGAAGGAGAAGGACUUGACUGCAGACAGGACCAUUGAGUCUCUGUACGAGGAACUGGUCCAGGAAGGUUUGCUCAUCAGACCCUCCAAGACAAAGCUGGCGGAUUUCAUUGGCGAGUACAGUUACCUGGGCACCACGCUCCGCCAGGCUGAUAUAGAACCCAUGCCAUCCCUAUCAGACAUCAGGCAGUUGAUGGCCCUGUAUGGAAUCCUACCACUGGGGUCCCAGGCGGUCCAUGAGAAAGCCCCUUUGAUGAAGACACUGCUGCUCGCUGGCCCGGCUGGAGUUGGGAAGAAGAUGCUGGUCCACGCCCUUUGUACAGAAACUGGAGCCAACCUCUUUAACCUGUCCUCGGCCAACAUUGCUGGGAAAUACCCUGGCAAGACCGGCCUGCAGAUGAUGCUUCACAUGGUGUUUAAGGUGGCUCGCCAGUUACAGCCCUCGGUAGUGUGGAUCGGAGAAGCUGAGAAAACCUUCUACAAGAAAGUACCAAAAGCUGAGAAGGAGAUGGAACCAAAGCGUUUAAAGAAGGAUCUUCCGAAACUCUUGAAGUCCAUCAAAGCUGAGGAUCGCGUUCUCAUUGUGGGCACCACGCGACGGCCGUUUGACGCAGACCUGAAACCUUUCUGCAAAGUUUACAAGAAAAUUCUCCUGAUCCCCAGACCUGACUACUCCUCCAGGCUGGCGCUGUGGAGUCAUGUGAUCCUGCAGAACAGAGGCCUGGUCACCAGCUCCCUAGACCUCAGCUCCCUGGCUAAGAUCACGGACGGCUACACUCAAGGACACAUGAUGCGAGCCGUCCAGGCCGUGCUGACUGAUCGGCGCGUCCAGCUGCAGGGCAAGAAGCCGCUGAGCGCUGUGGAGUUCAUCAGCCCCCUAGCCAGACAAGACCCCAUCUACAAGGAGGAGGAGGAAGCCUUCAAGACCUGGUAUGCCAAAACCCCGCUGGGUAAGAAGAGAGCAAAGGCAGCGAAAGCCAGCGAGGAGGACAGGGAGUCAGGCAAAGGAGGGAAAAGUAAAGGGAAGGGGAAGAAAGCUGGGAAGAAAGGAAAGAAGAAGAAGAAGAAGAAGAAGAAAUAGACAGGAGGGUGGUCCUGUCAAGCCACGGCAGAAUUUCACCUUCCUUCUAGGGUGAUCUGCCUCCUCUUUACUCGCAGAACACUGUGGGCAGCCUCCUCUCUGCAUUUCAGAUACUAUUUUGUCUUAAAAUGGCCACAUUGUCCUAUUUGGGUUCCUGUUUUAGGUAGGAGAUGAAGAAUGUUAUGGCAAAAAAAAAAUAAUUUCAUCAUUUCAGGGAAGCAAUUUCCCUCCACCUAUCCUAGCAAAAAGUAUUUUAUUAACUUUCUUUGUGCAAAUUCAAUAGCUUUUCUGCCCUUUUGUAGCUGCUUUCUUAACUGUGUCCCUCAUUAUUAUUCAAACCCUGCUCUAAUGUUGUGGUUUAAUUCAGGAAAAUGAUUCUGCUGUAUAAUCACCCUUUCUGAAAUUACACCUCUUUGUUGUCUUUACUCUUAAAUUGUAUUGUUCAAUUACAUGUCCCUUAAUCUGGGAUACGUCAUUGAACUGAAGGAGCAUUUUAAACACAAUUUAAUAAGAGGAGGGGGAGAAUCCAGGCCAGUUCCUUUACAAUCGUGUGUAAGAAAUGCUGUGUUUACUGUAGAUUCUGUUAAAAUGUGAAACUAAGUACUGUGUUCAUGCACAAAUGCUCAAGCAAUUACUUGAAAACCAGCGGUCACAAUGACAUUGAGCUUUGCAGCAGUUUAUAUACUUUGUAAAUAAAUAAAUCAAUCCCUUUUAAAGAUUUCAAAAAUAUUGCAUACCUGGAAUAUUUUCUUAAUGAGAACAUAAUAAUAAUAAUAAUAAUAAUAAUGUUUUCUUCCCUUAAACAAAAGUGGUAUAUAGCUGUGAUUUAAUUUGUUGUUCUGGGGAAAUCUGUUCAUUACAAAUAGAUUUUUGAAUUUCAGGAGAACUUCCACCAUACUCUUUAAAUAGCUUAAAUGAAAUAAACCUGGACAAGUUAACAGUGCACAGUAAUUGAAGUAUACAAUUAGGCUUUUAAAUGAUUGAAUUCUAAGUCAUGCAGAAGAAUGCCUUUUCAAGAAGCACCCCAAGCUAGGAGAUGUCUUCCGGGGCAAUCGCAUUGUUGGUAUCCCGGACCUCUCCUGCUUUCAUCCCCUAAAGGAUGGCAGAAGUCUGUGCUUGGUAAUAAUAACGGCAGGAAAGCAUUAAAUAACAACAAACAAUGUUCUCAGAAUGUAUAAACAGAAGAAUACAAUCAUGGCUUUAUUAUUAAUUAUUUUCCUGGCUUGCUUCAGUCUCCCGGCAAAGAUUCCUUUAAUUUCUGUGCCAGAAAGCUGCUAAUUAGCCUGUGUAAUUGUCAUUGUUGCUUCUAAUUAUAGCCCCAGGCUACUCUAAUCCACCUUGGCUCAGUAUCGGAAUUGAUUUUUCCAGUUUGUGUUUACAGGGCAGGGUUGCUCUGCCAAGCGGCUGACCCACUUCCCACUUUUCCUAGAAGUCUGCAGUAAAGUAAAAAUACCUUGCAAUCUGCGCCUUCCCAAUAGUAAGUGGAAGUGCUGCUGUCAUUAUCUCUGUUGGAAAGUGCAGUCUUGUUCUGUGAGGAUGACAAUGUCUCUCUCUAUCUCUCUCUCUCUCUGUCUCUAUCUCUCUGUCUCGCUCUCUCUCUCUCCCUCUCUCUCUCUCUC